AUGGUCAAGGAAGGCAUUGUGCUGGGUCAUAAGAUAUCACAACAAGGAAUUGAGGUGGAUAAGGCGAAGGUCUCCACUAUCGAACAGCUGCCUCCCCCAACUUCGGUGAAGGCCAUUCGGAGUUUUUUGGGCCAUGCAGGUUUUUACAGAAGAUUCGUCAAGGAUUUUUCCUUAAUUGCCAGACCACUUACAAAGCUCCUUGAGAAGGACGCGGCCUUUGAGUUCAGUGAUGAGUGUAUGGCCGCUUUCCUUACCCUCAAGAAAAAACUUGUUGAGGCCCCGAUCAUCGUGUCCCCUGAUUGGAAUUUACCUUUUGAACUCAUGUGCGAUGCUAGCGACUUCGCAGUAGGGGCAGUUCUUGGGCAGCGCCGAGGGGGUCAUUUUCACCCUAUAUACUACGCAAGCAAGACAUUGAAUGGUGCUCAGGAAAAUUACACUACCACUGAGAAAGAAAUGCUUGCUGUGGUUUUUGCAUUUGACAAGUUUCGUUCAUAUUUGGUGCUAUCGAAGGUGAUAGUAUUCACCGAUCAUUCCGCUCUGAAAUAUUUGUUGAGUAAGCAGGAUGCAAAACCUCGUCUGAUCCGGUGGGUACUCUUGCUUCAGGAAUUCGAUUUAGAGAUAAAGGAUAAGCGGGGGGCCGAAAACCUAGCCGCCGACCACUUAUCUCGUCUUGUGACCCCAUCGGAGAGCACCAACGAAAGGAUGGAGAUAAAUGAUGGUUUUCCUGAUGAGCAGUUGUUUAGUAUCCGGGUACUGCAAGAAGAAGAAACUCCGUGGUUCGCUGAUUAUGCAAACUAUCUUGCUGCCGGGACGCGUCCAGUUGGGCUAACUUAUCAACAAAAGAAAAAGUUCUACUCUGAUCUGAAAUACUACUUUUGGGAAGAUCCUUAUUUGUUUAGAACUUGCGCUGAUCAGGUGGUGAGGAGGUGCGUAUCUCAUUCAGAAGGGUAUUCUAUCUUGGAGCAUUGUCAUGCCGGUCCCACUGGGGGACAUUACAGUGCCAACCGGACAACCAGGAAAAUUCUAGAUGCGGGAUUUUAUUGGCCUUCCAUUUUUCAAGACGCACAGAAGUUUGUUCAACGCUGCGAUAGUUCCCGUGGUAAUCAGUUCAUUUUGGUUGCUGUGGAUUAUGUCUCUAAAUGGGUGGAAGCACAGGCGUUCCCCACAAGUGAUGCACGAGUGGUAGUAAAAUUUUUGAAAAAGCUAUUCUCCAGGGUUGCAACUCCAUAUCACCCUCAAACUAGUGGGCAAGUUGAAGUCUCUAACCGCGAAUUGAAACGAAUUUUGGAGAAAUCUGUGAGUCAGCACAGGAAGGAUUGGACAGAUCAUUUGGAUGAUGCCCUUUGGGCAUAUCGGACAGCGUAUAAGACACCCCUUGGAGCAACCCCUUAUAGGCUGGUCUACGGGAAAGCUUGCCAUUUACCCGUUGAAUUGGAACAUAAAGCGUACUGGGCUAUUAAACAAAUAAAUUUUGACCCUCAUCUAAUCGGCCAUAAGAGGAAGUUCCAACUAAGCGAGUUGGAUGAAUGGCGCACUAUGGCAUAUGACAAUUCCUUGUUGUACAAGAAAAGGAUUAAGGAGUAUCAUGACCGACACAUCAAACAAGGUAAGCACUUCAAGGAAGGGGACCAAGUUCUCCUCUUCAAUUCAAGGUUACGACUCUUCCCGGGGAAGUUAAAAUCUAGGUGGCACGGGCCCUUCACAGUUUCUCAAGUCUUUCCCCAUGGCGCCAUCGAGAUAACUCAUCCGGAGAAGGGCACAUUUAAGGUUAACGGUCACCGAUUGAAGCCAUACCUUUCUUGGAACACUUCUCCUGGACUUGGAGGUAAGUCCCCAACAUUUGAUCCACCCUGA